GGGGACCCGGGACCGGGUCGCGGGCGGGCGGGGAGGAGUCUGCGCCGCUCGGGAGGGGAGAGGCGGCUGCAGCUGUCCCGGGAUGCUGCACUUGCCCAGGCUGUGGAGCAGACCAGCCCUGUUCUCAUACAGUGAACCUGCUUCCUUCUCAAGGGGCUGGGUGCCAAGGACACACCCAGCUGUAAGUCUCCCCGGGCUAGAGGGUGCCUCUGAGAGAAAAAACAUGGCAUUCGUUAUAUUUAUCUUGUUGCCGGAAAGGACCUACUCUGUGCCAAGCAUGGGAGUCAGCAGUGAGCGACACUAACAGGACUCCUGCACUUGUCCCCCAGAACUUAGACAGACUUGGCUAGAGGGGGAGUCCCAUAGGACCCAAGGACCCCAGGGGUAGUCCAGACGAGCAGAGAGGCAUGGUAGGAGGAGCUGGUGUGCAGUGGGGAACAGGCAGGUGAUAAUGCCAGCCAGAAUGGCAGGAACUUUGAUGCCAGGGUAAAGUUUGGAGUUCAUUCUAGCUGCAAAGGGAAGUUGAUGAAGAGUUUUAAAAAGGGAACUGGCGGGAUCUGAUCUGGGUGUUAGCUGUCUCUGAUGCAGUGCAGAGGAUGCAGAGGAUGUAUCGGCCGCAUCAUGGUAGACACUGUUACCAGACUUCUCACGUGCUGAUGUGGACCCUGUCAGGGGGGCAGUGGCGUAAGGAAGGAUAACAUGUUCCCGAGGGCAGAGCACCCCGAGUUUAAUAGAUGACGAGCAGUUUUUGCAUGAAUGAGUGAGGGGUGUGCUACCAGGUAGGGCAGCAUCCAUAUCCCACCCUCACCUGUGCCCUCACUAAGGGGACUGAGUGGCACUUUUUGCAGAAGGAGGGAAACGCCACAGCCCUGUGAAACGUCAACGGAAACCACACAGACUGCACGUGGCCUAUGAGGCCUCAGAUGGUGAGAAAGGUGAGGGGACUGAGCCCCUCAAGGUGCCCGUCUGGGAGCCCCAGGACUGGCAGCAGCAGCUGGUCAACAUUCGCACCAUGAGGAGCAAGAAGGACGCACCUGUAGACCAGCUCGGGGCUGAGCACUGCUAUGACCCUGGCGCCCCCGCAAAGCAGGUGCGGAGGUACCAGGUGCUGCUGUCGCUGAUGCUCUCCAGCCAGACCAAAGACCAGGUGACGGCAGGUGCCAUGCAGCGGCUGCGGGCCCGGGGCCUAACGGUAGACAGCAUCCUGCAGACUGACGACAGCACGCUGGGCAAGCUCAUCUACCCCGUAGGCUUCUGGAGGAACAAGGUGAAGUACAUCAAGCAGACCAGUGCCAUCCUGCAGCAGCGCUAUGGCGGGGACAUCCCGGCCUCCGUGGCAGAGCUGGUGGCGCUGCCAGGUGUCGGGCCCAAGAUGGCGCACUUGGCUAUGGCUGUGGCCUGGGGCACCGUGUCAGGCAUUGCAGUGGACACACACGUGCACAGAAUCGCCAACCGACUUCGGUGGACCAAGAAGGCAACCAAGUCCCCAGAGGAGACCCGAGCUGCCCUGGAGGAGUGGCUGCCCAGGGAGCUGUGGAGCGAGAUCAACGGCCUGCUGGUGGGCUUCGGCCAGCAGACCUGUCUGCCCGUGCACCCUCGCUGCCAGGCCUGCCUCAACCAGUCCCUGUGCCCGGCCGCCCAGGGCCUCUGAGGGCCUGAGUGCUGCUCUGGCUGCCGUCUGUGAAAUGCCUUUGUUGGGAGCCACAGCCUGUUUAGUAAAGCUUUGGGGGCAUUUGCA